CCUUUUAUCUCUUUAACUCUUUUCUCUCUGUCUCCAUAGGCAGACAUUUACAUAACAAAGAAAACAAAAGAAAAUAAUGAAGCUUCUUACAAUAAUGCUACUCAUGUUGUUCCUUAUUCUCCACAAACCAAGUUUCCUUCUUUCUUCAACAAUUGAUUACCCUUUUGCUCCUUCACCUCAAAUUCAAGUCAUUUCUACAUCAAUGGCUUCUUCACCUUCAUCCCCUGUUUUUGAACAAGAGAAUGAAAAGCAGGGCAUGGAUUCACACAGGAAAAUGGUGAUAGCUUUUGUUGUUGCCAGCACUGCACUUAGUGCACUCAUUUUAUGCCUCUUAUUCUUCUGGAUUUAUUAUCAUACAAGCCAUUCAUCAAAAUCCAAAAGGACAAGUGUUCAAAACUCAGGGCAAGAUGCUGAGAAAGGGGCAUAUUUGAGCAAAUUUAGUUCUAUAAAGAUGGUGGGUAAGAAGGGUUGUGUUCCAAUAAUUGAUUAUAAGCAAAUAGAAAAGGGCACAAAUAAUUUCAAGGAGAGUAAUAUUUUGGGGGAGGGUGGUUUUGGAUGUGUUUAUAAGGCUACUUUGGAUGAUAAUUUGGAUGUUGCUGUUAAAAAACUUCACUGUGAAAAUCAAUAUGCUGAGACAGAAUUUGAGAAUGAGGUGGAAUUGUUAAGUAAAAUUCAGCAUCCCAACAUAAUUUCUUUAUUGGGUUGUAGCAAUGAUGGCAUUACAAAGUUUAUUGUCUAUGAAUUGAUGCACAAUGGAUCAUUGGAAACCCAAUUACAUGGACCUUCUCAUGGCUCAGCAUUGACUUGGCAUAUGAGGAUGAAGAUUGCUCUUGACACAGCAAGAGGAUUAAAAUAUCUGCAUGAGCACUGUUACCCUGCAGUGAUCCAUAGAGAUCUGAAAUCUUCUAAUAUUCUUUUAGAUGCAAACUUCAAUGCAAAGAUUUGUGAUUUUGGGCUUGCCGUAACUGAUGGGUCCCAAAAUAAGAACAACAUCAAGCUUUCAGGCACAUUGGGGUAUGUAGCUCCAGAGUAUCUUUUAGAUGGUAAAUUGACUGAUAAAAGUGAUGUGUAUGCUUUUGGAGUUGUGCUUUUGGAGCUUCUAUUAGGAAGAAAGCCUGUGGAGAAACUGGCACCAUCACAAUGCCAAUCUAUUGUCACAUGGGCCAUGCCACAUCUCACAGACAGAUCCAUGCUUCCAACUAUUGUGGACCCUGUGAUUAAGGAUGCAAUGGAUCUCAAGCACUUGUACCAGGUUGCUGCCGUGGCUGUGUUGUGUGUGCAACCGGAGCCGAGUUACCGGCCGCUGAUUGCGGAUGUUCUGCACUCACUUAUUCCUCUUGUACCUGUUGAGCUUGGAGGAACACUCAGAGUUCCACAAGUGACACAACAAGUUUUACCAAUUGAUGAUGUUGCUGAGAAUUCAAGUCACUCAAUUUGAAGACAAGACAACAUCACAUAGUGAUAAUAAUCCAGGGCAUGUUUUUGUCAUGCUGCUAAAACCAGUUAGGCUUAGGCCUAAUAAUCAAGGUAGGAAUUCUAAACAGAGACAUGAUAAUUAGGGUCUGUUUGGUUUCUGUUUUUAUUUUCAGUGUUGCAAGAAAAAAAGUGAAAUAAAAAAAAAUAGAGAUCCUCCCAUAUUCCCUCCAAUUUUCACUUUUUUUUUUCCUGCAAAAUUUUGAUAACUAGAAAUAUUGAAAAUGAAAAUCGACCAAACUUGUCUUAAGCCUAAAUGCUGUAUAAGAGGAUGAGAAUGUUCAUGACUAAUGUAAAGAAUAAACUAAUUGCACAUUUUGUGAGAACAUUUUGUAUAUAGUGGCACUUUC